AUGCAAGCGCUUGGUGCACUUCGAAAUCUGCCUUCGGAACUUCUAUAUCAUCUCUGGACACUCUUCUUGUUUACAAAAUCGGACAUAAAGACCACCGUUAUCCCUAUUACAUCACUCGCUGUUGCGUCAGCACCGCUUGCUACAACUAGACAUCUUCCUCAUGUUGUCUUUUGGAUUUGGUUCCAUGUUCUCCAGUUCGACGUUUCAAAUCAGACGCUCAAGCCAGAGGAAGAUGAAUUUAAUAAACGCGAUCGCCCUCUACCCGCCAAGCGGAUUAUGUGGAAGAAUGCCCUGAGGCUGCGCUGGGCGCUUGUUCCUGCAUGUUGGACACUUUCGGCAUGUUACAGUCUGGAGACUGUGUACGCUAGCAUCGCAUUGUGCUUGCUCACAUUUAUCUACGAUGAAAUGGGAUUCGCUGCUGGCCAUUGGCUCGGCCGGAACUUUGUCAAUGCACUCGGUUUUAUGUCUUUCGAGGUGGGGGCAUGCCUCGUUGCAGGCGGGAAUCGGCAUAGAAUGGAUAAUAUCAGCGUGCUUUCCGUACUCUGUAGUGCAGGGAUUUUCGCGACGACCAUUCAGGCCCAAGACUUCAAAGAUACGGAGGGCGACCGACUCGUUGGACGUAAAACACUCCCGAUUGUUGCUCCCACAGUUGCACGCCCAACCCUCCUUGCGGCCCUGCUCAUUUGGACGGGUGCGCUUAGUAUGAUAUGGAAACUUGCGCCAAUGCCCGCAAUACUAUUCCAUAUCUUGGCUGUAGCCGUGGGAGUGCGAUUCAUUGUAUUGAACAGCAUCAAGGCCGAUCAGAGAAGUUUUUAUCUUUAUAAUGUUGGUGGUAUUAACUUUAGUGUCUCUGAGGAUUAG